CCAAUCAGAAAGCUUCUUUGGAAAAAUGUCAAUUUUUUCCCCCUGCCGGUUCCAGAAAACCAACCAUGAGUUUCUCGUCGCGUGGGAGAAUCCAUUUUGAAGAGAGCUCUCCGGCUGCUAGGCUUGUGUCAUAGUACGAAAAAUGUCUGAAGAAGCGGAGCAGCAGUACAUGGAGACGUCGGAAAACGGGCACGAGCUCGACGAUGAUUUUAAUGGAGCCGGCCUAGUCGGCGAGGGGGAAGACGGCGGCGCCGAGAACCAGUGCGACCAAAGCGGGGACGCCGAGGAUGGGAGCUCGCAGAACGGCGGCAACGAAGGAGGCCAGAUCGACGCGAGCAAAGGCGAAGAAGAUGCGGGAAAAAUGUUUGUUGGAGGCCUCAGUUGGGACACCAGCAAGAAAGACCUGAAGGAUUAUUUUUCCAAAUUCGGCGAGGUGACAGAUUGUACCAUCAAGAUGGAUCAGCAGACGGGCCGGUCAAGAGGAUUUGGCUUCAUUCUCUUUAAAGAUGCUGCCAGUGUAGACAAAGUUCUUGAACAAAAGGAACACAGGUUAGAUGGUCGGCAGAUUGACCCCAAGAGAGCGAUGGCCAUGAAGAAAGAGAUAGUCAAAAAGAUCUUUGUGGGGGGCCUUAAACCGGACUUGUCAAAGGAGGAAAUUGAGGAGUACUUUGGAGCCUUUGGAGAGAUCGAGACUAUUGAGCUACCGCAGGAUCCAAAGACUGAGAAGAGGAGGGGAUUUGUAUUCAUUACAUACAAAGAAGAGCCUUCAGUCAAGAAAGUUUUGGAGAAGAAGUACCACACUGUCGGUGGAAGCAAGGUAAAUGCAUCAAUUCUUGACAGUAAAGAUGCAGAAUUAGGAAUUUUUCUCAACGUUUUCUCAUUUGUGGCGUUGCAGUGUGAAAUAAAAAUCGCCCAACCCAAAGAGGUCUACAUGCAGCAGCAGUAUGGCGCCCGUGGAUAUGGUGGACGUGGAAGGGGGCGUGGAGGCCAGGGCCAAAACUGGAAUCAAGGCUACAACAACUACUGGAACCAAGGAUAUAACAACCAGGGCUAUGGUUAUGGACAGCAGGGCUAUGGAUAUGGCGGCUAUGGCAACUAUGACUACACUGGUUAUUACGGCUAUGGGGGUGGCUACGAUUACAACCAGGGCAAUACAAGCUAUGGGAAAACUCCAAGACGUGGAGGCCACCAGAGUAGCUACAAGCCAUACUGAUCACUCAUAGUGCAGGUCUAAAGUAAAUAUAAAGAGAUCCAUGGUCUGACCACAGCGAACAUGGGCUCUGGCUUUUCCUUUGGAGUUGGCAGAAAUUUGGACUCCAUUUGUACAGAUCAAGCGAGGAAACUGGGGAAGCAAUUGUCACUUUUUUUUCCCACUUUUUGUUUUUGGUUUUUGUGUCCAUUUACAUUUCCAGCGAUGGAAGUGUUAUUUUUUUACUGUACUUUUUGGUACCUUUUUUGAAUCUAAUGUAUUGUAUGGUUGUAUUUUUACAUGUCAACUGGAUUUACACGUGUGGAGGAACAAGAGCUUUGAAAGCUCUCAAAUAAAAUCGUUUAGUUGUUUUUUUAUUUCCUGGGUUUUUUUGUUUGUAAAAAAAAAAAAAGUGUUCCUCUUGUAUUGAAAGAAUUCUGCACGACUUGCGUAGAAAAAGAAGGGAUUUAACACGAGCAGAAGUGGGUGUGUCACUUUGGUGUUGCCAAUAAUCAUACAGAUGGAGUCAUUCCCCCCUUUUCUAUUUUCUGUCUUGGUUUUUAAAGAGUUUCCUUUCUUUUUUCUUGAUUAUGUUUGCAGUUUUAACUGGCUUUACUGGUGUCAUUGAACUGAAUGCAAGCCUGUUCAUGUAAGAGGGCAUUCCCUCUGUGACUGGAGUUUCCUUCCUCAAAUGUCCUGGGUAAAAGUGGUAGAAAUAAACUUUUGGUUCAUAUUACAAAAA